CCGUCUUUACCACAUCUGUAGGCUUCUCUCUGAUUUUUCCCCCCCUGGAGAUUAGCAGUUGGAAUUAAAAUUCUUCAGUUCUUCAUUUGGCUGAUUCCAACCUGUUUUCUUCAUGUUCAAAACUUUGUUUCAUUUCCUCUGUAAGGUAGCAAUUAUGUAGAAUUAUCAAAAUCGUACAAUGAAGUUGUGAUUCAAUAUCCACAGCGGAACUGAACAAUAAAUUUUAAUCAUCUCUCCUACGUUGUACUUCCUCUCAGGAUGUAGUCCAUGUGGAAACACAAAUGAUUCUCAGCAAUGUUAUGUAAAUAUCUAAAUUAGUAAUGUAACAGUCUAGUUUGGUGAUAUUCGGAUGCAGUCCAUGUGCAAACACAAAUGAAUAUCUAAAACAGUAAUGUAGCAGUAUAGUGUGGUUAUAUUCGGCAGCUAGAGGAGAUGUUUUUCGAAAUGAACUUUGAUGAAGUAUUUUUUUUUUAAGGAUACGUCCUCGAUAGACGUAUCUGAGUCAAGAAGAGCGGCCUGAAGGCCGAGAUACAACACGCUCGAGGCACAGACGCCCACGGAGCGCAACCCCCCGCUACCCCCGGAGGAAGGUAGCACACACACCUAACCGGACUACUCGCGACAUCUCCACUUAUCCACUGGCGCAAGGAAUCCCCUGAAGAUCCCGGCUAGUCUCCACAGCUCUGCUUCAUCGGAGAUCCUAGAGAGCACCGUGGACUUGGAAGGUGCCACUCUAUCGAAGACAACGUCAUUGCGGUGCCGCCAGAGGCACCAACAGAUGAGAGUCACACCUGUACAAAGGUCUCGGUCACCUCCAGGCCCUCCAUGCUUGCCCUGCAGCCAAGCCACGAAGCCCCACCAACGUAGGCACGUCGCAAAUACCUCUCGUGCCAACACACAUCCCAUCAGCAGAUGGUUCAAGGUCUCGUCGCUCUGAUCGCAGAAAGGGCAUGAGGCAGGGUGGGGAAGGCCACGCCUGCUAAGCCUGUCCGCAGUCCAACAUCUAUUCCUAGCAGCAAGCCAUAAGAAGAGCCUGCAGUUUGGUGGGGCCCUCGAACGCCAAAUCUGGAGCGCUCCUGGCAUCUCUAUCCUUCCCCUGAACAUCGCGCGGUAGCCAGAGCGCACGGAGUAGGAGAAAUCUUUCUCCCAACCCCACCUGAAGCUAUCCUCUACGCCCUCCAUAAGGGCUACAUCCUCCAAACGAUCUGCCACAUCGAAGAGUUCCCGGAUCGCUGACGCAUCCAGGUCAGGUGGGAUGUCAUCUAUCCAGGCGCCGGUCAAACCUUCUCGGACCUUGCGCAGACGCGUGAGACGUUUUGGGAUCGCCUUCACGAGGUUUGGGGCUACGUCCGCCAGCCGCCCCUCAGGGAGCCACCGAUCUGUCCAUAAAAAGGUGGACGCCCGUCUCCUAGCACCGAGUAGGUUGCCCCGUCAAAGAGCUGCCUCACCACCUGUGGCACUUGUAUGUUCAGCUCUUUCCACGGCUUCGAGUCAUCAACUCGUUGGAGCCACAGCCAUGUGGCCCUUAUGCCAAGUCCUCCCCAUUCCUUUGGGGCACAGACUUUAUCCCACGCCACCAAACAGUGGCCACCUUUGACAUCCUUACGGCCUUUCCACAGGAAUCCCCAUAUAAUCUUCUCGAUAGCUGUGAGUGUCUUCACUGGGAUGUCGAGGGACAUCAUUGAGAAAAUAGGAAUUGCCGAGAGUGUCGCUCGGACCAGCUCUAGACGUCCACCUCUGUCCAAAAGGGAGGCCCUCCAUGUUGGCAGCUUGUUGGCCACUUUAUCCACUAGGUACUGGAGCUGUGCUGCCAUCGGUUUUCUCAGCGUCAGGGGGAGCCCAAGGUAGCGGAGAGGGAAGGGAACCACCGAGAAACUGAGCUCGCGGUCAAUGGUCUCUUCGUCUAUGCUGGAACAUCUAAUGAGAUUUGCUGAGCAUUUAUUCAUGUUGGUGCGGAGACCAGAGGCAUCGCCAAAAUCUUGUAUGAUCGUAGCGAAGACCUUGAGAUCCAUCACAACGGGGCGCAGGAAAACGACUACGUCAUCUGCAUAAAUGGAGGUGCGGUGACGCAAACCAGACUCUUCCAGUGGGGUGAGCAAGCCCAUCGACGAGGCCUUCUCGAUCAUCAGGUGAAGGGUCUCCAUGACCAGAAUGAAGAGCUGGGGAGAUAGAGGGUCUCCCUGCCUCAGUCCACGCCUGUUGGCAAUCCAAACUUUGAUGAAGUAUAAACAACAUCUCUGUUACCGAAUGGGCGUCAGAAAUCACUAUCAAUUCAUUGAUGAUUUCCAAUAUAAUUGAGCACUCUUGUGUAUUCUUUUUAGUUGUUUACUCAAUUAUAUGCCGGAUUCAAUUUGACUUUUAGCACUGUCAAAACUGUUUUCAAGGUCAAGCUGUCUCCCAACACUAAGUUUCUAGCUACUUACAAAGAUGGAUCAUCCAGAAAACAUAGUAACAGAACUUAUCCAGGAAGAGCAUAGAUCUAAGUGGGUUGCGAUUAGCAAUCAUAAUGUGAAAUGUUUCACAGAAGAUGAGAUAAAAAGAUUCACCAACAACUAUGAAACUAUACUCGGUAAAGGUGCAUUUGGAGAAGUUUAUAAAGGAGUCCUUGAGGACAAAAGUAUGGUUGCAGUCAAGAGGUUCAUCGGCAAUGUAAAAGAAAAUUUUGCCAAAGAGUUGACCGUCCACCGUGAAAUCAAUCACAAGAAUGUAGUCAGAUUAGUCGGCUACUGUGUAGAUGAAAAUGCCCUAAUGGUGGUCACGGAGUAUAUUCCUAAAGGAAAUCUGAGUAACAUCCUUCACCAAGAUAGUAUUGUCAUCACUUUGGAUACACGGCUAAGAAUUGCUAUUGAAUGUGCAGAAGCAUUGGAAUAUAUGCAUUCACAAAUGUAUACUCAGGUCAUUCACGGUGAUAUCAAGCCUGCUAAUAUACUUCUGGAUGAUGAACUUAGAGCAAAAAUAUCAGACUUUGGAAUAUCAAGACUAGUCAACACUGAAAAUACUCUAUACACUCUAAAUGUGAUCGGAAGUAUAGGCUACAUGGACCCUCUGUUUGCUCAGACUGGUCGCCUUACAGCCAGGAGUGAUGUUUAUAGUUUUGGAGUUGUGCUCCUGGAACUGAUAACCAGAAAAAAAGCAAGAACAGAGGGUGGGGAGUUUGGAUUGGUUGGAAGUUUUACUGGAGCUCUUACAAAAGGGUUUAGGAGUGUGAGGGAGAUGUUUGAUCCUGAAAUUGCAACAUCGAGCGACAUGAAAACUGUCGACGACAUUGCUAAAUUGGCAGGUAAAUGCUUGAAAAUGGAACUCAACAAACGUCCUGAGAUGUUAGAAGUCGUGGAACGUCUUCGCAAACUUAGAAAAGCACCACAUCAGGUGCAAGAAGGAUUAUCUCUGUUUCCUUGGAGAAGGAAAAAUAAGGAAAAACAUGGAACUUUUAUCGUUGGGUCGACAAUGCCUUGUCCAUGGUUCGAUCUAGAGGACCUGCUUCGGGGUUCGGCUGAAGUUCUGGGCAAGAGUACAGUCGGGUCGUCGUACAAAACGACACUUGACAGUGGAGAUGAGGUUGUGACCAAGAGGCUGAGGGCAGUGAGCUUACCAAGGGAAGAGUUUAGACUCCGUGUCGAGGUGAUUGGCGCCAUUCAGAACAAAUACAUUGCGCCACUGCAGUGGUAUUACUGGAGCCGGGAUGAGAAGCUAGUAGUGUACAAUAUCUUCCCGAUGGGUAGCCUAGCACACGCACUCCAUGGAAAUCCAGCAUCCCCAGCUCCGCCGGGCUGGGAACAGCGGGCAGCCAUAGCACUUGCUGCGGCGCGCGGUGUGGCGUACAUCCACUCCGCCGGACCAUCAAGCUGCCACGGCAACAUCAAGUCCUCUAACGUCAUGCUCACAGGUACCCACGAUGCAUGCGUGUCGGAGCACGGCCUGACAACUCUUGGCUUGUUCCCUGGCGCCUCCGGCUACAGCGCGCCUGAGAUCACCGACGCUAGUUGGGUCUCUCAGGGAGCUGACGUGUACAGCUUUGGUGUGCUACUGCUGGAGCUUCUCACCCGCAAGGCUCCAGUAAAGAGCACACAGCUUGAGGACGGAAUGAGUUUGCCGGAGUGGGUGUGUUCAGUUGCACGCGAGGAGUGGGCGGCAGAGGUGAUCGACGUGGAGCUCCUAAAACGACAGCAGAAGGACGGGGAAGAGGAAUGCAUGAUACGAUUCCUGCAGCUCGCCAUAGAUUGUUGCAGCCAUGACGCCAAGUUGAGGCCUACAAUGCCUGAUGUAGUGCAGCGGAUCGAGGAGAUGGCAACUUGAGGCUUACAAUGUCUCAUGCCGGAGCAUGCACAACCCGGAGAAGAUCAACCUGAAGUUUUCAUUUAUUACCUCAAUCGCAUUCUACCUCCUUUCACCGGUUAUCCUGGAGCAGAACUUCCCUGUAAACGAAAUAUUUUCAUUGUAAUUUCGUAAUCUAUUUCGAUUGUUUUUCAAAUUUGCAUAUACCGCUCUGCAUUAAUCCAAAUGAGGGCUUGUUUGAUUCA